AUGGCUUCCAUCCGCGUGCUGUCGUUCGAUGCUGAGGGCCGCCCUGUGCAGUUCACCACUUGGCUAGAUGACCUGCAGCUGUUCCUCCUGAGCGAUAGCAAGGAGCAUGUGUCGCUCUAUGAUUACGCGUCUGGUGCUGCGCCUGCCCCUCCUGCCACAGCUGAGCUUAGUGUUCGUUCCCACUGGCAGACUCGUGACGCAGCUGCUCGCCUAGCCAUUCGCAGUCACCUGCCGUUAGCUGAGCUCGAACAUUUUGGCGACUGCAAAUCCGCUAAGGCCCUGUACGACGCUGUCGUUGCUCGCUACUCCUCGCCUGCCACAGCCGAGCUUAGCCGUCUCAUGCUGCCUUACCUGUUCCCUGACCUGUCCACCUUUGCUACAGUCGCCGAUCUUAUCACCCACCUUCGCACUAGUGAUGCUCGCCUGCGUGCCGCCCUUCCCACCGAGUUCUGCGCUAAGAACCCCCCUCCACUGUACUGGACACUCCACUUCAUAGUCACCCUCGCCCUCCUCGAGGAGCAGCUGCUAGCGGCCGAGAAGAGCAUUGUAGCUGUCGGUGCUGCUCGUGGCGCUCCUCGCACCCCCAUCUUUGAGGGGUGUUCUCCCUCUCCCCUCGCUCCCUCCUACGCUACUGCUGCUGCUGUUGACUUCCUUGGUGCUGAGUCUGCUGGCGCUGCUUCUGCUCCUGGUGGGAGGCGCCGCACCGGCAAGGGCAAGGGGGGCAAGGGUGGCGGGGGUGGCGCUGGGGGGGGAGGAGGUGGGGGAGGUGGGGGGGGAGGCGGUGCUGGAGGGAGCGGUGGCGGGAGUGCUGGUGGGAGUGGGGUCGGCACCGGAGGCGGGGGCGGCGAAGGGAGCAGUGGCGGUGGUGGCGGCGGCGGCGGUGGCGGCAGUGGCGGUGGCGGCGGUGGCGGUCGGAGCGGAGGUAGUGGUGGCGGCGGAGGUCGGAGUGGAGGCACUGGCUCGGGCCAGAGCUCCCAGCAGCAGCAGCGUCCCCAGACGACCCAGCAGCUUCGUGAGUGGCUUGCUCAGCGUGGGACGUCGGGGGGCAGUGUCCGCUGUUCCUAUGUCAUUCGCACAGGUGACCGCAAGGGACAGACGUGUGGGAGGUUCCACACCCCGUACCGCUGCUUCUCCCGCCUUGACGACGCUUGGCGUGAGGAGAUGGGCGAGGAUGUUGAGCGCCCCCGCUGGGCGGAGCUGAUGAGGGCUGGUGUUGAUAUCACUAUGAUGCUAUUAUUGCUGCCAUUCCUUGCACGGUCCACCACUGUGCUCCCGUGUCCAGCGGUUCCGUCUGGCUCGUUGUCGGGUUUCCACCUCCCCUCGUUCUCGACGAACCUGGUGAGCAACGCUGUCAUCCAGGAUCAGUGGGUUGACACCUUUACCCCUGGAGGACAGCGUGUGGCGAUCCUCACGUGCUCCAGGACCGGCCGUCACCUGGCUACGUUCACUCGUCAGCCGGGGUCGAGUCUCUACACACUGACCACUGCGUCUCCUCAGGUCGCUGCUGUCGGUCAGGUGUCUGCGUCAGGUCUGGUAGCCCACGCCUGUGAGUGUCGUUCCCUGUCGCACCAGACUCUUCUCUGGCACCACCGCCUGGGUCACCCCUCCUUGCCACGCCUUCGUGGCAUGCACCGUCGCCACCUUGUGUCUGGUCUUCCCAGGUCCCUCCCUCCCCUCCCUGCCUCGCCUGCGCCGCCUUGCCUUCCUUGCGUCGAGGGGCGGCAGCGCGCCGCUCCUCACUCCUCCUCGUUCCCCCCGACAGAGGCUCCUCUGCAGACCCUCCACCUGGACGUGUGGGGCCCAGCCCGCGUUCGUGGUCAGGGCGGUGAGCGGUACUUUUUGCUGGUUGUCGACGACUACUCGCGUUACACCACGGUCUUCCCCUUGCGCGCCAAGGGUGAGGUCCCUGCUGUUCUGAUCCCUUGGAUCCGCACAGUUCGUCUCCAGCUCCGCCGCCGUUUCCGGACGGAUCUUCCUGUCCUGCGUCUGCACUCUGACAGAGGUGGUGAGUUUUCCUCCGACCUCUUGAGGACCUUCUGUCAGGCGGAGGGCAUCGAGCAGACCUUCACGCUUCCGGACUCCCCACAGCAGAAUGGGGUUGCUGAGCGCCGCAUUGGCCUGGUCAUGGAGGUCGCUCGUACCUCCUUGGUCCACGCGGCAGCUCCCCAUUUUCUGUGGCCGUUUGCUGUCCGGUACGCCGCGCAUCAGCUCAACCUCUGGCCCCGUGUCUCCUUGCCGGAGACCUCGCCCACACUGCGUUGGACGGGGGAGGUUGGCGAUGCGUCGCGCUUCCGGGUGUGGGGUGCUCGUGCCCUUGUCCGCGAUACGUCUGCGGACAAGCUCUCCUCCCGCACGCUUCCCUGUGUCUUCCUUGGCUUUGUCCCUGACGCGCCUGGCUGGCAGUUUUACCACCCCACCUCGCGCCGGGUCUUCGCCUCUCAGGACGUCACCUUUGACGAGUCGGUUCCUUUUUACCGUCUCUUCCCCUACCGCACUGCCCCCCUCCCUCCCCCGCCGCUUUUCCUUGCUCCUGGUCCCCCUCCGGUAGACCCCCUUCCCCCUCAGGGUCCUGCUCCUUCAGGUGUCUCUCAGGUAGACCCUCCUCCCGUCGCUGAGCCUGUCGAGGUCACAGGUGACUCAGGUGCUGCUGCAGGUGGUGCUGCUGGGAGUGCUGAGCCUGGGGGUGCUGAGCCAGCAGGUGCUGGGCCUGGGAGUGCUGGGACUGCGGGUGCUGGAGCUGAGGGUACUGUGCCUGAGAGUUCGGCGCCUGGGGGUGCUGAGCCUGGGGGUGCUGCGACUGGGGGUGCUGAGCCUGCGUGUGCGGAGUCUGGGGGUGCUGAGCCUGGGGGUGCUGCGCCUGCGGGUACUGAGCCUGGGGGUGCUGCUACUGAGCCUACGGAGCCUCGGGUUGCUGCGUCUGGGGGUGCUCCGGUUCGGGGUGCUGAGCAGUCUCUCACACCGCAGCAGCUUCGUGACUGGUACGUCCGGCGCUUUCGCCGUCCUAGUGGCUCUGCUGGAGUUGGGGGUGCUGGAGCUGCUCGUCCUGGGGGUGCUCGUACUGGGGGUACUGGAGCUGCCGGGACUGGUUGUUCUGGGAGCACUACGACUGGAGCUGCUGGAGCUGGGGACUCUGGAGCUGGCGGUGCUAGCGGAGUUGGAGCUGCCGGCUCUGGGGGUGCUCUUCCUGGCGGUACUGGAGCUGCUGGAGCUGACGACGCUGGAGCUGACGGUUCUGGACACGGUGGUCCUGCUGGUUCUGGAGGUGCUGGCGAGGGGAGGUCUGACGCUGCUGGGGCCUCUGGUGCUGACGUCGCCGACUCGGGGGGUGCUGCGGCGGAGGGUGCUGGUCCUGGUGCUUCUGGUGCUGCGGGUACUGGAGGUGCUGGCGGAGCUCUGCCGUCUCGCCUGUUCUUCGCUCCUCCGUCGCCGUCGGCUUUGCCGCCGCCUGACACGGUGCUUCGCCAGGUUCUUUCCCUCCCGUCUUCCACUGGCCUUCCCCUCCAGCCUGGCUCCCCCCUCCCUGCUCCUGUGCCUUACACUGCGCAGCCGGACUCGCUUACGGAGCGUCGCGAGCCUGCGUCUCGUCCUGCCUCGCCUGUUCGCGCUGCUCGCGCUGCUCGCACUGCGCGCACUGGUCCCACUGGUCGUCGUGUCGCGCGUCCGCGUCCUCCUCCUGUUCCUGGCACGCAUAUUAUGGCCCUUCGUCCUUCCACUGGUCCACAGCGUGUCCCCCUACCGUCUCCUCCUGCGUCUUCUCUUCCUGACGUUCCCGACCCUGAGUCUGACAGUGUUCGUGCUGCCCACCCUACUGUUACGCGUCUUCUCGCCACUGUUGUCACUGACCCGUCGUUUGAGUCUGCUGCUGCGUCUGCCCUGGUCGCUGAGCUUGUCGACUUUGCUGCUGCCUGUCGUCUAGACUACGCCGCCAGUCUUGUUGCUGGGUCUGAGUCUGUCUGUCCUCCGUCCGUCGGGGGUGAGUGUGCUCUUGGCACGGACGUCCUUGAGGACAGGCAGGAGGACUUUGACUCUCUUGCAGCUGCUGUACCUCAUCUCGUGGCCUGGUUGCUUGCCCCUGAGGGAGACCCGGAUGCACUAGACAUCCCCACUCCGCGCUCUUACGCAGAGGCGAUCUCGGGUCCCUACUCCUCUCAGUGGCAGACAGUCAUGGACGCAGAGAUGGCAUCCUGGAAGUCCACAGGCACCUACGUCGACGAGGUUCCCCCUCCUGGGGCGAACAUCGUCGAUGGCAUGUGGAUUUUCAGGGUGAAGCGGCCGCCAGGUUCUCCACCUGUCUUCAAGGCUCGUUACGUUGCUAGAGGCUUCAGUCAGCGUCAGGGGGUUGACUUCUUCCAGACCUUCUCCCCCACCCCGAAGAUGACCACUCUUCGGGUUCUGCUGCACGUUGCUGCUCAGCGUGACUACGAGCUUCACUCUCUUGACUUCAGCACAGCGUUCCUGCAGGGCAGCCUGCACGAGGAGAUCUGGCUGCGCCGCCCACCUGGCUUUACUGGGUCGUUUCCUCCUGGUACCCAAUGGAGCCUCCGCCGGCCAGUCUACGACACGUCGCUACCGCCGUUCUACAUUCUCGUGUACGUCGACGACUUGGUCUUUGCUACUGCUGACACUGAGGCACUCGCUCGUGUGAAGUCGGAGCUGCAGAAGAGGCACACCUGCACUGACCUGGGUGAGCUGCGUAGCUACCUUGGCUUGCAGAUCACCCGGGACAGAGCACGCCGCACCAUUACCCUGACUCAAUCACACAUGGUGCAGCAGGUCCUUCAGCGCUUCGGCUUCCAGUUCUCCUCACCACAGGCCACACCUCUGGCUAUUAGCCACUCGCUCUCAGCUCCACCUUCGGACGAGUCCGUAGAGCCGAGUGGCCCGUACCCAGAGCUUGUAGGCUGCCUCAUGUACCUGAUGACUUGCACGCGACCUGACCUCGCGUACCCUCUUAGCAUCCUUGCUCGUUACGUUGCGCCUGGGAGACACAGGCGAGAGCACUGGGAGGCUGCUAAGAGGGUGCUGCGUUACUUGUGCAGCACAUCAGGCAUGGGGCUGGUACUUGGAGGACGCGACAGAGUUGUCCUCACUGGUCACUCGGACGCUUCUUGGGUGGACGACCUGGCUAUGCAGCGGUCGUCACAGGGUUACACCUUCAGCCUUGGCUCAGGUUCUGUCUCGUGGCGGUCCACCCGCUCUUCUUCUGUUCUCGGCUCUAGUUGUGAGGCUGAGAUCUACGCCACGGCCAUGGCUGCACAGGAGUUACGCUGGCUCACCUACCUGCUGACUGACUUGGGAGAGCGGCCUAGUUCUCCUCCAGUUCUGUACGGUGACAACAAGGCGGCCCUUGCCUUGUGUCAGGAGCACAGACUGGAGCACAGGACGAAGCACAUUGCUCUUCGUUACUUUCUUGCUCGAGAGCUUCAGCAGCGCGGUCAGCUUCGGCUUGUGUAUGUGGACUCGAAGGCCAACACUGCUGAUAUCUUCACCAAGGCGCUCCCGCCUAGUGAUCAUCAGCGGCACUGUACUUCUUUAGGCCUUGUGUCCACGUUUCCUCAUUUGCUUACUGCUUGA